AUGGGAGAUACGAGCAUCGCGGAGAGAAGAGGAAGUGUACCGAGGACCAAGUUCAAUCAAAUCGAUGCCCGGCAUGACAACAUCAAGAAAGCUCAUACAAAAACAUGCAAAUGGAUCAUCAACAGAGCGGAGUAUGUCGACUGGCUGAAUCCCGACAAGAUCGAUGAACAUCAUGGCUUUUUAUGGAUUAAAGGAAAGCCCGGGGCAGGAAAAUCCACUUUGAUGAAGUUUAUUCUCAGCAAUGCCCGAAGAAAAAUCAAAGAGAAAAUCAUCAUCUCUUUCUUCUUCAAUGCACGAGGGGAACAGCUGGAGAAGUCCACUACUGGCAUGUACAGGUCGCUGUUGCUUCAAAUCCUUCAGCAGCUUCCGGCACUCCAUAGUGUGCUAGACCCUGGAUUAGUCUUAGGGAUCGGCGAGAACCACGAAUGGAGUGUUGAGGCAUUGAGAGCAUUAUUUGAGCAGGCAGUGGAGGGCCUCGGGAAUUCUCCCGUGGUUGUUUUCAUUGACGCUCUAGAUGAAUGUGAUGAGUCCGAAAUCCGUUCCAUGGUAUCGUCCUUCAAGAGUUUGGGUAACCUGAGUGCCACCGAAGGAAUCAGCUUCCAGGUAUGCUUGGCAAGCAGGCAUUAUCCUCAUAUCACAAUGCCAAAGAAGAUUGAACUAGUUCUGGAAGCGCAAGAGGGACAUGAGCAAGACAUCGUUUCCUAUCUUGACAGCGAGUUGGAAAUCGGAGACAGCAAACUCGCUCAAGAGGUUCGGGCUCAGAUCAAAGAAAAGGCGUCCGGUGUCUUUAUGUGGGUUGUUCUUGUCUCUGGCAUUUUGCAGCAGAAGUACGAUAAAGGGCACAUACAUACUUUGAAGCAAACACUUCGAGAGAUUCCAGGGGACCUGCACCGCCUAUUUCGAGAUAUUCUUACUCGAGAUGAUACCAACAAGGAUGAACUGCUGUUAUGCAUUCAAUGGGUUCUGUUCGCAAGAAGUCCACUCAAGCCAGAGCAACUUUAUUUUGCGAUCCGCUCACACCUAGAAUGUGCCACUUACAAGUGGGAUCGAGACGAAAUUGGAUUAGAUACGGUUGGAAACUUCAUUCUAAGCUCCUCAAAAGGCCUUGCUGAAGUCACACGGACGAAAAAGGAUCCAACAGUCCAGUUCAUUCAUGAGUCUGUCAGAGAUUUCCUUCUUAAAGACGAUGGCCUCAGGGUCAUCUUGUUGGAGUCGAGUGUUACUCCGAGUGCGGAGAGCCACGAGCAAUUGAAGAAAUGUUGCCUUGAGUAUAUGCAAUAUUAUAUGGAAGAUAAUGGCACGCCAGAAAGUGACUCAAAGGAUGAUCUCUCGAGAGCUUGUAUUGUGGCAGACUCUGAGUUUCCUUUUCUAAGGUAUGCUGUACAGAAUGUUCUCUAUCAUGCAAAUGAGGCAGAGGAUGGAAAUAUCGAUCAGACAAAGUUCUUGGAAACCUUCCAACUUGCAAAAUGGAUUCAACACAAUAAUGUCUUCCAAGACAAAUUCGUGCGUCGACAUACCACUUACGCAAGCCUUUUAUACCUCCUGGCCGAGUUGAACUACGGGAGCCUUAUCGAGAGCCACCAAGGAAGCCAGUCCUGCUUUGACAUCGAGGAUGAGCGUUAUGGCGCCCCUAUCCUUGCAGCAAUGGCUACGGGUAGUCGGCCAACAGUCUGGAUGCUACUCAAAAGGGAGACACGCGACGAGCCUGAGACGUCACGUUUACACUCCUUGUGCCAUAAGUACGACGUCGAGAAGAAAGUCAAGAACAGACUUGGGCGCAACUUCACAUUUAGCGAAAAAUGGGGUCUUAUUUACUAUAUUUUACGAGAUGACGACCUCAUUGCGGCGUCGUUUGCUAUCGCUUCCUCCAAAGCCAACACACCCUCAGACUUCCGAACUCCACGUGGAGAAACACCGUUUUCAUUUGCGAUUCGUCACUGUCAUGAUGUUUCAUCCACUUUUCGAUUUCUUGUCGAGAACGGAGCCGAUAUUGAAUCUAGAGACAAGCGAGGAAGGUCGCCGCUAGCUCUUGCUGCUGCAAGUGGCAACACCGCUGCUGUAACUUUCCUCCUUGGAAAAGGCGCUAAAGUUGCCGCAGUUGACAGCCAAGGUCUCACAGCACUGGCGUGGGUACUGAAGGAAGGGAGGGCCACGGGAAUAAUGAUACAGAGCCUGUUAUCUCAUGGCGAUACAAUCAACCAAGCUGAUCCUUUUGGAAGAACACCAUUGAUGCUUGCCUUGAACAAUAGUGUUUCCAUUAUGAAGCAGCUUAUAGAAAGGGGUGCUGACAUUAACUCGACUGAUGAUCGGGGACAGAGCGCCUUGUUAAUUGCCGUCAAGUUGAAGGCAGAGGACCAGGCACGCCUUUUGAUAGAUAGCGGCGCCUGUACCGAUGUUUCUGACACACAUAACCACCGUACAGUCCUGUCAUACGCUGUUACCUCGCGGUCUUUGGACACGAACGGUGGCCCUUGGGGACAUUCAGUUGUGGAGUUCUCAAAUCAUGGCGACAACCUGUCUCGAAGCAUAGCAAAAGCGCUUCUGAUACGGGGUACGGCAGUUGAUAAGCACGAUGUCAACGGCAGGACGCCGUUAUCAUAUGCAGCAAGUGGCUACGACAGAGUAGACUUGGUCGCGCUAUUGCUUUCUCAUGGGGCAGAUGUGAACAUUGCAGACAACAGUGACAGGACGCCACUCUCAUAUGCUGCUUCGAACUCUGACCCUGAGGCUAAGAACUCUGUACGGUUGCUUCUAGAUCGAGGAGCAAUUCGUGACAAGGUUGAUCAGACUGGGAAGGCCGCUCUUUCAUAUGCUAGUACACAAGAAGUUCGGGACUUGAUAUCCAAUUGUCGAGCAGCGAGGAGGUAUGGGUCCCCUGGUCUUGGGCACUGCGGUGGGCGUUUCGCUGAUCCCGCACAUAGUCCAGAGGUCUUGCACUAUCUUAUUCCCCUCAUUCCCAUCUUUACACUGUCCCUAUAUGUGGCGGAGGACUUGGAACAUUGCCUGAAUCCAGACCCAACUCGCAAAGCGGCAGAGAGAAUUCAUCACGAAGUCCUCCCCAAAGUCGGUGGCGGCUACGACGAAAAUAUCUGGCGGAGAGUAUUCGAAAAGAGCUUCUUUGAUGAGCUUAACGACACUCUAUCUACAUAUAAGGUUGAUUCAAGACGUGUAUCACGCAACAAGUACUACUAUGAUCAGGUUAUACGAAGCGGUGACCAGAUUUGGACCUUAUUUGAAGCCGAUCAGAAGGCAACAACCACACGAUUAAGGCCAGUGAAGAGCCCAGAGCCCGAAGCCCGUUCAAUGGUGGAUCUCAAGGCGAGACAAUGGAGCCAAGCUGGGGAUUCACGCGCUAUGGAGCCUUUUACCUGGUCGACGUCUCAAGCGCUGAAUAAAGUUGGCCUCGAACCACCUCCUUUUCGUAUCUUCGAUAAGUCCCCAUUAGAAGCCAACGUCUGUAUGGCCUAUUAUCCUGCCGAGGACUUUGGUGCGCCAUGUUAUCGAAGGGACACAGACGAGGCGUUGACAAGAAGGCGAAAAGAAGGCUACGUCAUACGAAUGAUCUGGAAAGGCGACAUCAAAUUCUUGCCAACAUUAUGGCAUUUCAUAUAA